AUGAAACGUAUGAAUAACGCCAGUCGUAAGUCAGUUGCAGGGAAGGAGGGGUCGAGCGGACAAACAACGGAUCUGGAUGUGGACAAGGAUGCACCCGAUCCGCAUCAAAUGAGCGGUACAAUAUACCGGUGGGUACCGCGGCAACUAGUCCUAUUGAUCGUGAUCAGCUUCAUGGGAGUGGCAACAAUAUUUCUACCCUACGUGCGCCAACUCUAUCAACUUUACUUAUGCAUGUUUUUCUAUGGGUUCGGUGUCGGCGCGUGGAAUAACUCAAACAACGUGUGGCUCAUUGAGAUGCGGCAAAAACGGAGUCCGUCUGUACUGCUGUUUUCGCAGGGCAUUUACGGUGUGGGCACUAUUCUGGGCCCACUUGGCAUUUACGGUGUGGGCACUAUUCUGGGCCCACUUGUGGUCAAACCAUACCUGUCAGGCCUUUCGGCCAGCGAUAUGUCCAGCGAUGAUGACGUCAAUGACAACUCAAAUAGUAGCGACACUGCCGGCGCUCAUAUGGCCAGUCAGGUGUCCGAAAGGCUUAGGACACCAUUUCUCAUUACAGGCUGUAUUAAAUUCAUUGGACCCGUAAUAAUGUUGGCCCUAUUCUUCAUCAAACCCUACAAAUUCACGUCAUUGACGGCAAUGGAGGACGAAAUGGCAGUGACUGAGGCCGAUAAGGCACGGCUGGAGGAGGAGCGCCGAGUGAUACCCAAAAAGACCCUCAUCGUGUGCACCGCCAUAUUCUUUGCCACCGGCUUUAUGACCGAGAACAUGUACAUGGACUUUGGGCCGUUAUUUUUCCAGUUCGCCCAGCUCAAACUGUCGGCCCAGAGGGCGGCCGACAUAGCCAGCACAAUGGCCAUAGCUCUCACUGUGGGUCGUUUUCUAUGCAUAUUUGUGGCGGUCAAAGUGCGGCCUCAGUAUAUGAUUUUUGGCCACGUGCUCAUUAUAUGGAUCGGGGUGAUUGUCGAGUACUUUGGCCAGGAUUAUCUGUGGCUGUUGUGGUCCAGCGCCGCCAUUAUAUGUUACGGCUAUUCGUGUAUUUAUGUAACCCUUUAUGCGUUUGUCAAUCAGUACUUCGAGAUGACUGAUGCCGUGGGCACUAUAUUUAUCAUGUGCUAUAACUCGUUGUAUUUGUUUUUACCAUAUUUUAUUGGCGAUAAUAUUGAACAAACGCCCGAUAUUUUUAUUUAUUUGAUGUUUGCCUGCGUUUCCAUAUCUAUCGUUGACUUUGCGUUUAUUUUGUUUAAAGUCCGUAAUAUUCCCAAACAUUUGAUUAGACUGUAA